UCUAGUCGGUCAAGCUGCCGACAACGUUUGUUUUGUUUACUGGUCAAGUGAAAUAUGCUCUCACGAUUUUAAACGUUUGUGAUAGAUUUUUAAUUAUUAUUUAAAUAGUAAAUUGUGAUUAACUAAUAUUAGUAAAAAUUCCUGGUAUUUUUUCAUUUAUUGUUCUGUGACGUCCUCGCCGUAAACAUGCCGGUCACAAAAAAUAAUAAAAUGAUGCAGCACAUCAAUUACAGAGUGCGAGUCAUCUUACAAGAUUCUAGAAUGUUUAUUGGCACAUUUAAAGCCUUUGAUAAGCAUAUGAAUUUGAUACUGGCUGAUUGUGAAGAGUUUCGUAGAUUAAAAAGUAAAGCUAAAAUACCAACGAUACCUUCUGAACCAAGAGAAGAAAAGCGAGUACUUGGUUUUGUUUUAUUACGAGGUCAAAAUAUUGUAUCUAUAACUAUUGAAGGACCCCCACCACCAGAAGAAGGUCUUCCUAGAGUACCUUUACCAGGUGGAGGUGGUGGCCCAGGAUCAAGUCGUGCUGCUGGACGAGGAAUGCCUUCUGUUUUACCUUCAGUAGCUACACCAGGCUUACAAGGACCUGUGCGAGGUGUUGGAGGUCCUUCACCUGCUGCUAUGGCUCCAACUAGAGGUGCUCCUGCUCAACCUCCAAUCAGAGGUCCACCAAUGAUGGCUCCUCCUCCAGGCAUGAUGCCUGGUAUGCCACCAAUGCCUGGUAUGGGUAGAGGUGGACCGCCACCAAUGCCAACUAAUAACAUGCGUGGACCUCCACCAAUGAUGAGAGGUCCGCCUUCUGGUCCAAGAGGUUAUUAGUAAGUGGUUCAAAUAUUUUUGCCUGAAGAUUUGAUUUAAGUAAAUAUAUAAUCAUGGUAUAAAAUUCUACAACUUUAUUACCAAUUUCACCAAAUAUUGUAUAACUCUUCCCAUAUUUCAUAUAAAUAUUUUAAUUCCUGGUAAUAAAUGCAUUUAAUGAUUAUAUUGUCCGAUUAUAAUAUUUUUACAUUGUAAUGUAUAUUACAAGAAUAAAGUAUGUGUGUAAAACAUGAAAUUUUACACAACAACGAGUAUCUCUUUA